UGUCCUCGUGCUUCUUCACUAUUUUCUUUCAAUAAUUUCCCAUAAGAAAUCAAAUUUGGGCUCUGUAGACUUCGGAGAUGAUUUUUAUAUCACAAAACUGAGAAAUUGUUGCUGUUCAAAGCUGAUGAAAUUUCUUGGAAAUUCGUUGCUUCCGCAUUAUUCUAAUUCCACUUGUUCAAUGUCCUCGUUAUAAUGAAAAAAUAGAAUUUCCGACGCACUAUUUUCUCCCGCUUGUUUCGAUGGAAGUUAGAAUUCCAAGGUGGAGUUGAUUUCGUUAAUUACAGGUUGAUUUUCGAGAUCUUCGUCCGGUCGAUCGUUUUUCCGUCGGAGGGCGAUUCCGGGCGGUGGCGAGAAUUUUUCAAACCCCUCGGUGCUUGGAAUCCUCUCAUCUGAUGAAGUCUUUCGACACAACGCCAGAAAGGCGAUCGUCUUUUUCUGAACCCGUCAGCUCAAUCAACAGUCCUUUUUAUUCAGAUGGUUCUCCCUAUUCUUCCGGUAAAGAAAUUUCAAAAUUAGGUCACAAGAAACAGUUAGUCAGGAAACGAGGCGGAUUUGUUUUCCGGAUUUACGACCAUGUGAAGUUGGGGCCUAAAUUCUCAGUUACGGCCAAAGGGAAAUUGAGAUUAGGGGCAAAAAUUAUACAACAAGGUGGUAUAAAGAACAUAUUGAAACAGGUUUUCGGAAUUCUAGAAGGAGAGAAGCUUUUGAAAGCCUCUCAAUGUUACUUAUCAACAAGUGUAGGACCCAUCGCAGGGCUUCUUUUCAUAUCCACAGAGAAGGUUGCCUUCUGCAGCGACCAAAGAAUCACUUUCUCCUCACCAACAGGAGAAUUGCUCAAAACACCUUACAAGGUUUUGAUACCAUUAAAGAAUAUCAGAAAAGUCAGCCGAAGUGAGAAUGCCGAUGAGCCAGCAAAAAAGUACAUAGAAGUGAUAACAGAGGACGACUUUGAUUUCUGGUUUAUGGGAUUCUUGAGAUAUGAAAAGGCAUUUACGAAUCUUCAGAAGGCCAUUUCCAUGGCUAACAAACUGUAACAGGUUGUAUCAUGUAAGUAAGAACCAUCUGGUAAAAAGAAAGUAUGUGCUUUUGGUUCUCAUUUAGAUGAGUGUUUGAAGUUUGGAAAUAUUUUAUAGGGGAUUUCACUUGCUUUCAUCUUUAAUGUCUCAGCUGCUUGUUUUUGCCUUGAUGUGAAUUUUCUUUUGUUUGUCCUGGAGUGGUUAAUACCUUAGGUUGGUCGUCCCAAUGGAAUUUAAACAUGUGAAAGUAUUUAGAUCAAA